AUGCAUACCACCGUCCCGCUUAUCGAACAGGCCAUAUACGAUGAAUUGACCGCCAUCAGGCAACGUCUGUCGCUGAUCAAGCGCGACCACAAGACGUACAUGAAUUCCAAAAGCAUAGGAGAAAUAUACGACCAGGUCCUGAGCAAAGUCAAGGAACUGCGGGCGAUUCGGCCCACGGAGGGGGCCGCCGAGGGCGAGUUCCCCAACAAGGUGGACGUCCUGGUGGACGAGAUCUUCCAGUUGCUGAGUCUGUGCUUUGUCACGUGCGGACUCAAGAACACGGCGCCCGCAACGUACGCCUCGCUGUCCACCGUGCAACGGUUGCUCGAGCACCUGAACGAAAACGAGAUCUUCACGCACCAGGACCUGGACCCGAUCAGAGACCGGCUGGACGAGAUCGCCAAGAUCAUCAACUCGGACGAAACCACGUCCUCGGAAGAGCUGAGUCUGCUCAAGAGCAAGCUGGAGCAGUCCUAUCGGGAGUACAAGCUUCUGGAGGACAAGAUCAACAAGCUGCCCAAAAACGUGCAGAGAAUCAUGGACAGGCUGAUCACGCUCAAGUACCGGAUACUGGAUGUGAUCACGAGCGACGACGCCGCCAACAGAGACGACCUCAAGGUGUUUUCGAGCCAGCUGGAGCAGAUCCAGCUGGCGUGCGAGCUCGAGUUCUCCAAAGAAGAGCACCCCAAGGGCGAGGGCGUGUUGAAGGGCCUGAUCGACGACUGCCACUAUCUCAUCCAGGACAUGAAGAUCGGCGAGGAUAUGGUGAGCCCAGAGCUCGCAGACAUCUACAACCAGCUGGAAAAACUCAAGUCGACGCUCGAAAACCUGCUUGUGACCAGAAGAUGGGUCCUUCGAACCACAGACAUCUUCAAUUACCAGCGAACGCUCAACCAGAUCGACAAACUGCGUGUGGACGGCUACUUCGGCAAGAAAGAGCUCCGCGGACAGGCUGUGCUGCUAUACUUGCUCAGACGGUGCUAUGCCAUAAUAUACAAGCUUCUGGAGAGCUCUGAGCCCGUCAGCGAGAGUCUGCAGCCGCUGCACAACCAGCUGACGACGGUGCGGCGGUGUCUACUGGACUUGAAGCGGACGGGCGGCAUCUCGUCGAUCCGCGAGCUGUAUCCGUACCAGAUGAAGCUGGCGUCCGUGGACAACAUGCGGGAGGACGGGAAGUUCAUGAUUGACGGGCAGAUACCGGAGGGCCAGGGAACGCUGAACGCGCUGCUGGCGGAGUGUUUCGACAUAGUGCACGAGCUCAAGAUCGAGUUCUACGAGAAAGACGAGACCGAGAGAAAGGACGACGAGACAAAAUUCCAGGCCAACGUGAUAGGCACCAAAGCGCAGGAGACGAAUUACGACUACAACAUCAUGGAACCAGAUUCCAAUGAGGAGGACAAUUUGGCAGUGUACAAUGAGAGUAUAGGCGAAAGCGAGACGGACGGCGAUUUAUAA